CUCCCCGCGGCGACCGGGGGCGCCCCGGAGGCUGGCGGCGCGGCGUGGAGCGCACACGUUCUGGCGGGGCUGGGCGCUGGGGGGAGACGUGGGGGAGGGGCGGCGCGGCCUCCCGCCGGCCGCGGGGUGUCUCCCGGGGUGGCGGGGCCCGGGGCCCCGGGCUCGGUGUGCGGGGACUGCGCCUUCGGGACGCCAGGGCGCAGGGUCGGCUCCGAGCGGGCGCCGGGAUCCGCAGGGAGGGUGGGUGGCGAGCCGGCCUGGAAGGAGGUGCAGGAGGGAGCCCCCGGCUGCCCAGCCCUCCUUCCCGCCCGCGCUCCAGCCCGGCGGCUCGGGCGUGGGGCGCGCGCGGGUCUUCGUCAGACCGGCGUGCAGGGAGCGGGUGGCGCGCGUCGCCGGAGGGUGGGCUGGGCGGGAGCGGCGUCGCGGCACGCGCGGAGCUUCGACCUCGCCGGGGGAGCUGAGGGGCGAGCGCAUGGAAACCACCCCUACUCCUAAUCCCCCACCUACAGAAGAAGAGAAAACAGAAUCUAAUCAGGAGGUUGCUAACCCAGAACACUAUAUUAAACAUCCUUUACAAAACAGAUGGGCACUCUGGUUUUUCAAAAAUGAUAAAAGCAAAACUUGGCAAGCAAACCUUCGGCUGAUCUCUAAGUUUGAUACUGUUGAAGACUUUUGGGCUCUGUACAACCAUAUCCAGUUGUCUAGUAAUUUAAUGCCUGGCUGUGACUACUCACUUUUUAAGGAUGGUAUUGAGCCUAUGUGGGAAGAUGAGAAAAACAAAAGAGGAGGACGAUGGCUAAUUACAUUGAACAAACAGCAGAGACGAAGUGACCUGGAUCGCUUUUGGCUAGAGACACUGCUGUGCCUUAUUGGAGAAUCUUUUGAUGACUACAGUGAUGAUGUAUGUGGAGCUGUUGUUAAUGUUAGAGCUAAAGGUGAUAAGAUAGCAAUAUGGACUACUGAAUGUGAAAACAGAGAUGCUGUUACACAUAUAGGGAGGGUAUACAAGGAAAGGUUAGGACUUCCUCCAAAGAUAGUGAUUGGUUAUCAGUCCCAUGCAGACACAGCUACUAAGAGCGGCUCCACCACUAAAAAUAGGUUUGUUGUUUAAGAAGACACCUUCUGAGUAUUCUCAUAGGAGACUGCGUCAAGCAAUCGAGAUUUGGGAGCUGAACCAAAGCCUCUUCAAAGCAGAGUGGACUGCAUUUAAAUUUGAUUUCCAUCUAAAUGUUGCUAAGAUAUAAGAGAAGUCUCAUUCGCCUUUGUCUUGUACUUCUGUGUUCAUUUUUUUUUUUUUUUUGAAUUUUGGCUAGAGUGUCCACACUAUCCCAAUCAAAGAAUUACAGUACACAUUGUCCCCAGAAUCCAUAAAUGUGUUCCUGGCCCACUCUGUAAUAGCUUAGUAGAAUUACCAUUACAAACACAUUUUACCCAUCCACAAUGUUAAAAAAAGAACUUGCAUUUCUAUACCUUACAGGAAAAAAAUUCUGUUUAUGUUCCAUUGUAUGCAGGAGCAUAUUUUGCUGGUUUGAAAGAGCAUAGAGUUUUCUGGCAAUUUUCUUUGUUUCUUUUUACAGCAUUGUCUUUGCUGUACUCUUGCUGAUGGCUGCUAGAUUUUAAUUUAUUUGUUUCCCUACUUGAUAACAUUAGUGAUUCUGAUUUCAGUUUUUCAUUUGUUUUGCUUUUGUUUUUUUCCUCAUGUAACAUUGGUGAAGGAUCCAGGAAUAUGACACAAAGGUGGAAUAAACAUUAAUUUUGUGCAUUCUUUGGUAAUUUUUUUGUUUUUUUGUAACUACAACGCUUUGCUACAAAUUUAUGCAUUUCAUUCAAAUCAGUGAUCUAUGUUUGUGUGAUUUCCUAAACAUAAUUGUGGAUUAUAAAAAAUGUAACAUCAUAAUUACAUUCCUAAUUAGAAUUAGUAUGUCUGUUUUUGUAUCUUUAUGCUGUAUUUUAACACUUUGUAUUACUUAGGUUAUUUUGCUUUGGUUAAAAAAUGGCUCAAGUAGAAAAGCGGUCCCAUUCAUAUUAAGACAGUGUACAAAACUGUAAAUAAAAUGUGUACAGUGAAUUGUCUUUUAGACAACUAGAUUUGUCCUUUUAUUUCUCCAUUUCUAUAGAAGGAAUUUGUACCUCUUAUUUGCAGGGCAGUCUCUAUUGUGUUCUCUUGUAGUGUCUUCCACGUGAACAGCAUAAGUUUGGAGCACUAGUUUGAUUAUUGUGUUUAUUACGAUUUUUAAUAAAUUCAAUAGGUAGCAUCAUAUAUAUGGAA